UGUACCACCUGGUGUCAAUGAUCAAACGCGCACUACACUUACAACGGACCAGGUAGGCAGCAGCAGAGAAGAUCAACAAGCUCUGGGUCAAGGCCACACGAGAGCAGAAGGAGAUGAGAAGGCUCAAACUAAGCCAACAUUCUCGACUGGUUCUGCGGGCUCUUCUAAGGCUGCUUCGGUAGUUGCGCUACCGAUUUCCCAACGCCGUACACGACAAGGUUCCUCCUCUCCCAAUGCACGCAGUGGCUCGAGGACCAAGCAGGAACAAGAGGGCGGCUCAUCCGGAUCGGGAUCUCGCUCUGAACAAUGUCGCCCACCAACAAAUGGAGGACCGCGGAGACGCGCAUCGGUCGACUGGGGAGCACCCAAAUAUCGUUUUCGGUUAUACUCGCAGCAGCUUUUCCAAGCUUUCCAUGACUUAACGGCGCGCAGUCCUGAUAGUCAGGUGGUAACCUUAUAUCAGUUUUGUCUUUCCGGCGGUUUUGCGAAUUUCUUUACACUAAAAUCGUAUCAGCGGUACUUCGACACGCCAAGCUGGCCACUGCUAGUAAUGGUGACUUCUGGAUUGUAUGAGCCAGCGCUUGGGAGCUUUGCGUCUCUAUAUGUAGAGCAGCUCGUUCGCCACCUGGAAUUUCGGCAACAGAGCUGUAGUUCGCACUGUCUAACGCUGCGCGAGCUGUUUGAUGAAGUCAAGUUAUGACAUCAAAAAAUUAGGUCACUCAGUCUUUCUUUCGAAAUACUAGAUGGGAGAACUGAUCCAGUUACAGUAACAGUAACAGGAAGAGUUUUUGUGAAUGUGAUUGUGACUUGGUUUCACUGAAAUUGAAUGCACGAUACACUCCAGCUACUAUCAUGCAUCAUGACUAGCGCUAACAAAGCAACUCUACGACGCUGAAACUGGACUUGGUGUCAAGAAAAUGCUGACUAACAGCUCCUCUUCGGCAGCGAUAGUGGAUCCUGUACUGUCGUCAUUGCAAGCUGCCUCAUCGAAGGCGCGUGAGGCAGAAGAAAAAGAGCAGGCGGCCGAGAUCAUUCGGUCAAGGGGCGGCUCUCCUCUUUCUCCGACAAGGGGGGAGGUAGCAGUCAACAAGGGAGGUACAAAUACUACGGAUGGGGAUGCUCGUCCACCUCAACAGGUAAACAGUAGUUCUGCUUCUGCCGCAGGAUUGACUGCAUCAUUUAGCGCUUCGUCAGCUGGCUCGACCGACGGUGGCGCGUCCAAAAAUCCUGAACUCGUGAUAGCACUAUCAUCGAAUUCCACGAUGUCCUCCUCUAGUGCGUCAAAAGCAGGCCUAUCGUCUGGAAGCCAGAUUCCUCGUUGUACCGGUCCCCCGCCUGAAAUCCUUCAGCGGAACAAAAAUCCUCUAUCGGUCGGAACGCUGGAUUGUCAUGGAGGCAUGCGCACCCCAACGCUGUCGAUGGAGGAUGUGCCGAUCACGACACUUGUCAAUUUUCUAGAAAAAGUUACCGCCGACGUCGAGCGCGAAAGCGCAGAGCGGGCAGAAGAACAAAUACCAUCUUCUGCUACAACUUUUACGGAAAAUCAAAGUGUUCUUCAUGGGACGAAGAGCAGUCGGCUUUAGCUCAAUGCAUCACUUAUGUAAUUAUAGAUAGGGGAGUCGGAGGUAUAGGUAUUCAAUAAUUUUUUGAAUAUACACGCAGACGCACGACACAUAGUUGAUGUCGUUGGAGGAUGUUUUGCGUUGCUUUAUCAGUAGUUCGUUGAGGAAAAUAAACAGCACCAGCAGUGAGCUGUUCAUUAUUAUCGAAGCUGCUGUAAGCGUUGAUAGACAACCACUUCUCUUCCCACAACAUUUUCUAGAACUUGUUGCGUCUAGUAAGCUAAGGCUAAUUUUUUGAGUGGUCUUCUUCUUCAUUUUCUGGGUUGGAUAAUCAUAUUUCAAACAGCGCUACCUAGGGGUCUCUUUCUGGAUUGGGGUUUCUGAACAUAGCUGAGUUCAUUAUUAGAUGGUCAUGUUGACGAGACUCUGAUGAUGUAUAAGCAUAGUCAAAUGAACUACAAAGAAAAUCUGAGUGCCGAAUAGACAUAGAGCAGGCGCUCUUCCCGGCCGACUAUUCUACGAUCAAUUGACUCGAUCAUAGAUGAGACAACGGCUUUUCCGAUGAAGACCAUACUCAUGGAAGCCGUAGUACAAUGCAAAACUGAUUCAUUUCCUGAUAAUGCUGAUCUUGAAGUGUGACAUCGCUUGCGAUACUGACAGCUCGACUUGAAGUGUGACAUCGCUUGCGGUACUCCAAAUCUAAAUUAUCUAAAUCUGACAGCUCGACUUGAGAGUCAGUCUCGAAACGGCUGCGAUAUCAACCCUGCACAUCAAGAGCAAUUCCAAUACUACAUUGAUACACGGCGUCCUGUUCCUCGUCUCAAAUUUUUAAUAAGCUCUUUUUUCCG